UUCCUCAAUUCCGAUCAUUUCAAAAAUGGCAACAUCAUCUGCGAGCAAUAAAGCUGCAGGACCAUCAGCACUGGGUAUUUCAGGCCCGGGUGUUUCUGCCCAAAAUACCGCAACUGGUGGUAAAGUUGGUGAAACUAGUGAGGUCACAACACAAAUGUUUCAAGCUUCGACAUAUGGUGCUGUCAAAGCACCGAAGAUUGUGGCUGAUGCCCAGCAAGGAACCAAUAGAAGUUCAGAAACACUUGAAAAUAAAAUGGUACACGAUUUCAUGUGUGGAUUGGGUGGAGUCGUUGGAGCUAUUCUUUUCUCUGGAAUAUUCUUCUUUUUCGGUGUAGCAUCUAUGCGUGAUAAAGUCUACUUUUUGGAAAUUCCUGACAUUGUACAAAUGUUUGGUAUACCCUCGACUGUCCAGAAUGCAUCGUCAUCGGGAUAAUGAUUACUUAUUAAACUCGAAUAAAUGAUUGUUUGUA